AUGAACAUGCUGACCCAUCUAAGAGUUGACUGCAAGUGGGGAAGGAUCUCCCUGGAGAUCUGCUCCUCUGGAGUCUAUUUCGCAAGCCCAGGACAGGGUUCCUGCAUUAUUGCAUACUGGAGAUAUGGAUCAUGGCUCGGUGCCAUCCGUUGUCCAAUUUGCAGACAAACGGUGACGUUGUUUUUACCACUCUUCAGUGAAGAUCAGCAGGGUGCAACACAAGUAUUACAAGAUGUUAAUGAUUACAAUCGGAGAUUCUCAGGACAACCCAGAUCUAUUAUGGAAAGAAUUAUGGAUCUCCCCACUCUGCUGCGGCAUGCAUUCAGGGAGAUGUUCUCUGUUGGAGGCCUCUUCUGGAUGUUUCGCAUCAGAAUAUUCCUCUGUUUGUUUGGAGCCUUCCUAUACUUGGCAUCACCUCUGGAUUUUCUUCCUGAAGCUCUUUUUGGAAUUCUGGGGUUCUUGGAUGAUUUCUUUGUCAUUUUCCUUCUGCUGAUAUAUAUUUCCAUCAUGUACCGAGAAGUGGUAACCCAGCGGCUGAAUAGAUGAAAUGGCUGAAAGUCACCUAGACACAGAGAUGGAAUGUUUCAAAAAGAGAACCAUGAGUAUGGGAUAGCAAGGUGCCUGUGUACAGUUUCAGUAGUUAUAAUUCCAUAGCUUCUAGUUAAUCAUCUUAUACAAAUAUGAAAUGUUAGUGUGUGGUGAUGCUUAACUGGAAUCUUUAACUUUUGUAUUACAUAUGCUUCAUAAUGAUGAGGUCAGUUUUAUAAUGUAAUGAACUACCUUCAUCUGCUUAUAUCUGAUGAACAGUUGUAUGUGAUCAAAGCAGAAACACCUCUUUUGAAGUGACUUGUGAAAAAAGGGGUUCUAGUAAAGGACUGAAAGGGAAAAAAAAAAAUGUUUGGAACUUUAGACAUGCAUAAAGAAAUUGAAAAGUUCCUUGCAGGACAAUUAUCAAUAUGUUCAAUGUCUCACUGUUGUGGGCUUUUAAAUAAAAGUAGCUUUGUGUAUCUCUGUGGAAGAAAUCAAAUGACCGCAGUACCAUUACCAUUCUGCAUUUUGCUACUGUCCACUUGCUUCACAGAAACAAGGGGAACACCUCAGUAUUGCUUGAGCUGCACUGUGUACAGUUGCAUGCAAUUUGUACAAUUUUAUUUUUAUAUUUUAUAAUAAUGCAUUCGCCAUAUCACCUAUAAGGAGAAACCUAUGUUAUACAUGCCGAACUGGCUAGUGCUCUGUUUUUUAAUGGGAGCAUGUUUUUCUUUUCUUCUGAAACUUGUUUAUUUAGUGGGUAUGUACCUUGAAGGUGUUUUUUUAAUGCAGCUCUGGGUCAGUGCAGUGUAUCUUCAUAGGACAUUUGCAUGCCUUUAGCUGCAUUAAGCAUUUAGGCAAUAGAAAGAACCCUCAGAUUUUAGGCAGUGAUUAUAGAAGUCACAGCUGGAUGUUUACACUAUGGAACUUUACCAGACUGUAUAUUUUCAACACAAGUAUUAAUCAACUUAGAUAUGAGGCGUUUAAUUUUUCCCUUGGGAUUUUCUUGUUUGAUUGACUGAUUGAUUUUGAUGUGGGUAGAGGGUAUUUUGAAUUAACUUGAAAAAGAUCUUUGAGUAGGGACCACCAAAAAAAAAAGUCCUGAAAAUGUUUUCAAAAUGGCUGGGCUAUUGAUGAUCCAAUCCAUAAAAGGUUUGGGGUUUUUUUUUGUUGUUUUUUUUUUUGUUGUUGUUGUUUUUUUAGGGGGGUAGUAGAGAGGUGUUGUUGGUGGUGUUUUUUUAGCUUUAAUUUUUUGGGGGGCGGAAGGGUGUUCUGUUUUUUGUUUGGUUUUGUUUUUUUAUUUUCUGUUGAAUUUCAGUAUAGGCUAUCAGAGCUACAGAAUUCAUUUGAAAAUAUUUUCAUUUAUGAAAGGGAAUGCCACUAGAAAGGUCAAAAACAUUCUGUAUCUGUGUAAAUUUUAGUUAGAAAACUUAGGACAGAUAAUUAGUUAGGAAAGAUAAUUGUCAUUUUACUUUAACUUCCUGAGUACUUGAAAGACUGUGAUGAGACAGGUGAUUCUUUGCAUGUUUACAUAUUAUUCUAUGAGACUUAAAAUGAGAGGGACCUUCUCACAGUUUCUCUGUGUUGCCCAUGUAGGCACCUUUCCACAGCUUCUAGUACCUAGGCUGAGAGAGCUGGGGCUGUUCAACAUGAAGAAAAGAAGGCUCCAGGUAGACCAUAUAGUGGCCUUUCAGUAACUAAAGGGUCUGUAAGGAAGAAGGGGACAGACUCUUCAGCAGAGGAAAUGGUUUCAAAGUAUAAGAGGAGAGGUGUGGGAUACUCAUGAACUUAGGUAAAGCAAGAUAAUUAUUUAGAAUGUUAGAUAAGGCAAGAUUUUGUAGUUUUGCUAUAGGCAGUAUUUUUGUUGUUGUUGUUUUUUCCCCAAGAGAUCCAGCUGAGUGCAAACUCCAGAAAGUAUUUUUAAUCAAGUUAAUUUAACACCUCUGGAGUUUGGCUUGUGAGUCUACCUAGAGUGUCAAGUGAACUGCUUCUGUAGGACAACUGGAGUCUGUUCAUAGAAUCUGUCAAUCUAGUGCCUCCCACAUGUGUUUAUCCUUUGAUUGUGGUUAUACUUUUUGUCAUGACUCUCUAGAUCUAGUGUGGACAGAGAUGCAUGUGAAACUGCUUAGUGAUUUGUUUUCAUUGAGCUCCCUAAUUCCACAUGAUACUGUGAAGAAGUUUAUGGAGAAAUAACCUAAGGAAUCUGUUCCUGAAGAACAGACCUUUUGUACCUGAAAGCAUGUACAAGCCACAUCCACACAGAUACAUAAGGUUUAUCUGUAUUCUGUUCACCAUUUUUCUGCAAGCCUGAAUGAUUUCACUUGGAGUCCUCUGCUUACUUUUGAGUGUUGAGUAACAUUGUAAGCUUUAAUUCAGCACAGUAUACAUUUGACAGAAUUAGGAUCAUCCUGGCUUUUCACCAAUGUGUGCUUUUUUUUUUUUUCUCUGGUUCUUCAAGACACCAGUGAACAGUAUUAUGACUUGCUCAGGCUUUUCUUUUUUUGAACAGUUGCAGUGUGAAGCUGCUGCUGACCAGCAUGGUUGCUGCUCCUCCAGGCAAAUCUGAACUAGUUCUAGGUUCACUGUCUUGUGUGCUGUUAUCAUAUUCAGCUUAAUUGAAGCUGUAGAGCUCCCAAGAAGCUGGAGGUAGAUACAUAACCAUUUAAUAUUCCUUACAUAUAUACUUCAAGUUAUUCUGGUAGUAAUGUUCAAUGUAAGCACUACACCUGAGCACUAGCUUCAGAAAAGAAAUACAUGAUGCUUUGAGGGGAGCAAACAUCGCUGUAGUUUUGUUGUGUGGAAUGGGGCUAAUGUCACUUAGGAGGAGGAGAAAGGCUUUAGUAGAAAAGAAGCAAUAAGGGGGAAACCAGAGUUCUUCAAAGGUUCUUAAGGCUUCACCAAAAUCUGUGAAAUAUUUUAUUAUUUCAGCAAUAUUAACAAAAAGGAAAAUCUGUGUUUCAGAAUUCUUACCGAAUAACUUGUAGCAUCUCAAGGCCUAAUGCUAACCCUUAUCACAAGCGCUGCAUAACACAGUCCGUUUCUAUGUUGUUUGUGACUCGCACCAUUGAUGCCUGGGAGGAUAGGGCAGAGUGGUGUUAUUUGGGGAUGCAAUUUUGGAAUAGGUUUUGUAGAACUGUAACAGAGACCUGUGUGUUACACUAGAUUUUUAAGACAAAAAGAUUUAAACCUACUUCUUGUUAUUUUAAUGAUAAUAAAUUGGUAUUAAAGUAAGA